AUGGAUAAUUCUUCGCUAGCUUCGAGCGCUUUUGUAGCUCUCCGUCCGCUCACAUCCUCUGUUGGCAAUAAUUAUGAGUUUCUCCCUUCAGUAAAUAGACUGAGCUCCUUAUCUAUUUUCGUCAUUUCACUUGGAAUCUUUCUUGCGCUCACAAAAUCAAAGAUCUGGCUGAAUAAAACAGGCUCUCCGGCACUCUCCACAUACGAAAAGCCCCUAUGGUACCCUCACAAAGAUCCAAUUCUUGGCCUCGAUGUCUUGUUUGACCUAGCCAGAGCAGUUUACAAUCAUAGAUUCCUUGAGUUUACUGCAGAAAUGAUUUCUCGUUUUAACGGAACAAUCACCUAUCUGAGUCUUGGGAGACAGGCGGUCUACACCGUCGACCCAGCUAAUUUGCACGCCAUGCUUUCCGAUCGAAUUCGAUUUAAGGACUUUGGCCAUGGACCUACACGGAGGCAAAGUUUGCAGCCGCUCUUUGGUAGUGGGAUUUUCAACUCUGAUGGUGCAGUAUGGAAGAAGCACCGCAGUACAUUGCGACCUAUGUUGUCUCGUGUUAGAACGAUUGAAGUCGAUAUAUUUGAAAGUCAUCUGCAAAGCCUGAUGCAAUCUGUGCCCGCAGAUGGAAGUACCGUUGACCUCCAACCUGUUUUCAAUGCCAUGGCCCUUGACAUUUCGACCCAUCUCUUUCUGGGCACAUCGACAAAUGUACUCCCAUACCUUUUCAACUCAGAUCUCCGUGGAAUGAGGGGACAGAGGUUUGCCACAGCAUUCGACUACUCCCAACGCGCUGUGUCUGGAAUUGAUGAUUUCAGUUUGUCAGGACUUUGCUGGAAGCUUCUCUUUGGUGAUAAAAAGCUGGACGAGUCCCUUCAAACCAUUCACUCAUUCAUCGAUGAAAUCAUCGAACAAGCAAGCAAAAACUUCCUUGAGGAGUCUAGAUUGCCCGAGUUCAGUGACGAUAAAGGGCAAAUUUUCUUCUACAAGCUUCUCGGCGAAGGGAGGUCCAAGGAAGAUAUCAAACACGACAUUCUUAACCUCCUUCUUGCCGGUAAGGACAGUACGGCUUCUUUUCUAGCGUCGAUAUGGUACGUUCUUUGUCAAAGACCCGAUGUUUGCGAUAAGAUUCGUGCAGAAAUCAGUCCUUUGCAAGGGCAGCGCCCGCAACUUGAAGAUCUUUCUAAGUUUCCUUACCUCCGUAUGGUCCUUCAAGAAGGUAAACUUGAGUUCCCUACGUCUCUAGAGAAGCUAAUACUUAGAACUCCAACAGUAUUGCGACUUUAUCCCCCUGUUGCGAUCAAUCAGCGAACCGCUGAGGUCGAUACAUUCCUCCCUCAUGGCGGGGGAGCUGAUGGAAAAUCACCACUGCGCGUACCACGUGGCGCAUCGGUGGGAUAUUCGGUGUAUGCAAUGCAUAGGCUCCCAGAGUUUUUUGGAGAAGACGCAAAUGAAUUUCGACCUGAACGGUGGCUAGAAAACAGGCAGAAGACAGCCUACAUGCCAUUUCAUGCAGGGCCUCGAACCUGCUUGGGACAACAACUUUCCAUGUGCCUGGCCACGUACUCGACAAUAAGGCUGCUGCAGUACUACGAGCGUGUGGAGAACAGAAACGAGAAACCAUGGCAGGAAAAGUUGGGACUCAAUUGCACCUCGAGACAUGGAGUCAAGGUCGCGCUCGUUGUUUCGCGUCAUGCUCGGUGA